AUGAAACACAACAGCAGGCCGUUGCCAGCCAUGGAUGUGGAACCAUGGAUGCACCAGCUGCUGCAGCCCGUGGCCAUCGACAUCCAGAAAAUCCAGCAAAAAGCUCAGGCGGCGAACAUCGCAGCUGACGCGCUGGAGCCAUGGAUGUACGGCGUUUUCCUGCGCUUCGAUUGGCAACGAAAGCAGAAGAUUGAUGAUCGGCCCCCGUGGAGCAGAUUGGAUGUUGAGGUGGCGAGCUUCAGGGACGCCUUGGAAGAAGCGGAGCCCUGGAUGUUUCCUUACUUCCGGUCGAUUCGAUUGGGAGGCCCUGGCGUGACGACCCCGGCGAAGUCGGAAGUUCAGGUGCCGGUGACCGCUCUUGAUUUCAUGCCAACGUCUUUGCCUAUCAGGAUGGACUACGACACAGCCGUGUCCUCCUUGCAGAUGCACAGUCAUGUCGUCAAUGCAAUUCGGCGUGGCUUGGCAGCUCAGGUGCAAGUGCCGUUGGAGACAAUUUCUGUGACUCUCCAGCCUGGACCCAUGUUGGCUCAUGCGCAGAUCGACGCUGACAGCAUGGAGGCUGCCUCGGUAGUGGCGAAACGUGCCACAAGUCGGGGUGGCAAAUCCUUGGUGGGCCAAGUCAAUGUCAACUUGGCAGAGGUGCCGGGCGUCUCCAAUGCUGUGGGCCAAGGGAUCCUUCGCGUGAAGGUAUUUUCCGCAACCACCGCGGCCUGUGAUCGGUACGAAAGGCCACCACGACGUAAGAGUCCCGAGAGGAAGGGAAGACGCGGCCGGUCGUCGACAGACAGGAUGACCUUGAACAGCGCCUGUGAGGCCGUCAUGGCAUGGGGCAGGGCGAACGGCCUCAUCCCCGCCCAGUCACCCAAAAAGGCUGGAAUCGGACGCAGUUACGCCACUUUGGUGGUAAUCGUGUUCGUUUGCCAGGUUCUUAGCAUUUUGGACAGGGAGAGGGUGGCAUACGAAGCCGUCCGAGCUGACACCAGCACGGAAUGGCGUGACGAGAGGUUAGUGCAGAUUGCGAGUUUCCACGCAGCGUUAACGUGUGGGAUCAAGGACAGUGUUCCAGAGGCUGGCCAAGCUGGGCCCGACGAGGCGGCGAAGGAAGAGACGUACUUGACGGCAACCCGAAAGAUUGUGACGAGCCUUCGCUCGUACAGUGACAGAGUCAUUGACAAGCAUGAGUUGACGUGCUGUCUUCGUCAUAGGAAGCAUGAAGAUGAUGACUUCGAAGACUGGAUGUUCCAGUUCAUUCAGGCAAGAUUUGGGAGAUUUCGAGUUCAAAGCGCAGGCAAGUCCUCGAUUUGGAGGUAUGCUUUCUUGAUUGUUCCCGACACUUCGAGGCCUUCGAGCUGCGGAGAGGCGAGGGCCGUGGCAAGCGUCUCCGCGAAAGGACGGGGACUUUGCCACCUGAGGCCCUCGCGGCUGUCUAUGCCCAAUUCCACAAUGUGGGGACUUCGACAUCUUCCCGAUCGCGAAGUGCCACUGCUGGCGGGUGAGCUUCAAGAACUACGGUGCCACCACGAGGCGGUCGCAAGACUCGACGGUGUCUCCACAUUCGGAUUCACCGAGGAAGGGCUGCGGUUCGAUGCUGGCAUCACUCCAGAUGGUGAUGUUCAGGAAGCGGAGGGCGAGGAGCCUGCCCCGGUCUCCGAGCCGGCGGAAGGCGCAGCUCGCGAAGUGCAGCCGAGGCGAGGCAGCCUGAGUAGCAAACCGUUCGAAGAUUGCACGUCCGCACAACUGGCGAAUCUUUCCGGCGAGCGGUGUACGGUGGCAGCGGGCAGCACCCCGGAGUUCCAGAUUGAGUUUGCGCCGAAGGAGGUGGACGACUUCGUCGGGAUUCUGGACGGUCGCAUGCCAAUCCAGGAUCCGAUGCGCAUCCGCUUGCAAGCUUCCGCUCUGCGGCCCUGGUGGCGCUUCGAGGUGCUCAGCGACUGCAGAUCACGACGUCAAGCGGAGACGCCUCCGGAUCCGAAGUGCCAGGUCAUUGAGUUCGAGUCGCUCGGCACGCGGGUACGGAACACCAAGCGGUUUUAUGAGUUGCAUUGGGUGCCCGAAGAGUCUGACAACAGGGAGGCCGAGGACUCCUUCUGCUACUUCACGAAGCGGGGCAUCAUCCGUAAGACGUACGAGAUGCUCUUCAAGUACCUGCCAGCAGAGGACCAUAAGAUGGACGGGUUUCGGUGGCUCUUCUCACGGCGGACAGUGAAGGAUCCUCUUAUGGGGCCCCUCGGAUUGGAGCGCAAUUGCAUCAAGUUCAUCCGCUUUCGGCUCGGUGGGAAGACGAUGGAGAAGGUCUGCGUUGUCAACAAGCUGCAGGCUUGA